UUUAUCACUUGUUUCUCAACCUCGUAUCUUGCACACAUAACAAUAACAUUCAAUAGAGAAUUAUCAAAGAUGGGAAACUUUGCAAACAGAAAACCACAUGCUGUGUUGAUUCCAGCUCCACUUCAAGGACAUAUAAAUCCAUUGUUCAAACUUGCAAAACUUCUUCACCUUAGAGGAUUUCACAUAACCUUUGUCAACACUGAAUACAAUCAUAAACGUUUGCUCAAAUCAAGAGGUCCAAAUGCCUUAGAUGGUUUCCCUGGUUUUAGCUUUGAAACCAUACCAGAUGGUCUAACACCAAUGGAAGGUGAUGGUGAUGUUAGUCAAGACAUACCCUCUCUUGCUCAAUCUAUAAGAAAGAAUUUCCUUAAACCCUUUUGUGAACUUCUUACAAGACUUAAUGACUCUACCAAUGUUCCACCAGUUACUUGCUUAGUUUCUGAUUAUUUUAUGAGCUUUACUAUACAGGCUGCUGUAGAAUUCGCAAUCCCAAAUGUUAUCCUUUUUCCAGCCAGUGCAUGUUUUUUGUUGAGUAUUCAUCACUUACGUUCCUUUGUAGAAAAAGGUCUCACGCCACUCAAAGAUGAGAGUUAUCUAACAAAUGGAUAUUUGGAAACUAAAGUAGAUUGGAUUCCAGGUUUGAAAAACUUUCGGUUGAAGGACAUUGCUGACUAUAUCAGGACAACAGAUCCAAAUGAUAUUAUGUUAAACUUUGUAAUUGAUGUGGCUGAUAAAGAUCAUAAAAACUCUACUAUUAUUUUGAAUACUUUCAAUGAACUUGAGAGUGAUGUAAUAAAUGCUCUCUCCUCUAUGUUUCCUUCUCUUUACCCCAUUGGCCCUUUACCUUCAUUAUUAAACCAAACUCCACAAAUCCAUCAAUUGGAUUCUUUUGGUUCCAACAUAUGGAAAGAAGAUACUGAGUGUCUUAAAUGGCUUGAAUCGAAGGAAUCGGGUUCCGUUGUUUAUGUGAAUUUCGGCAGCCUUACAGUUAUGAAUGAAGAGAAAAUGUUAGAGUUUGCUUGGGGUUUGGCCAAUUGCAAUAAACCUUUUUUGUGGAUCAUUAGGCCUGAUCUUGUCAUUGGUGGCACAAUUGUUUUGUCAUCGGAGUUUGUGAAUGAAAUUUCAGAUAGAGGCGUAAUCGCGAGCUGGUGUCCUCAAGAGCAAGUAUUAAACCACCCUUCAAUUGGUGGAUUCUUGACUCAUUGUGGAUGGAACUCAACCACUGAAAGUAUAUGUGCUGGAAUUCCAAUGUUGUGUUGGCCAUUCUUUAGUGAUCAGCCAACAAACUGUAGACUUAUUUACAAUGAAUGGGAGAUUGGGAUGGAAAUUGAUACGAAUGUAAAGAGAGAGGAGGUGGAGAAACUUAUCAAUGAAUUGAUGGUGGGAGAGAAAGGAAAGAAGAUGAGGAAAAAGGCAAUCGAGUUGAAGAAGAAGGCAGAGGAGAACACGAGACCUGGAGGUUGUUCAUAUAUGAACUUGGACAAAUUGAUCAAGGAGGUGUUGCUUAAAUAAAAUCAAAUUUAAGUAAUUUUUUAUGCAAAGCAGUUCAACAAUAAUUGAUUGAUCUUCCCCUAUUGAAUUUAAGUGAUGAUGUAAGUGAACUCAUCUUCAGCAAGAGUUCCUAAACUGAAUGUUUUGAAUAUAUGCAUAUUGGAUAAUUAUAUGGCAUGUAUAUUAACUUUAUAAUAUGAAUCCUACCAUUUUAAUAUGUAAAGUAGAGGGAAUAAGAAUUCUUUCACGGUA